CGUUCAGACUUCAUCAGUAUUAUCAGCAAUGCAGUGCGUUAACUAUUUAUUUUUAGUUUUAAUACUUACUCCAAUCUUGUCGACGUUUAGUGCAAAAAUACUCGGAUUGUUUCUGUAUCCAAGCAGACAACAUGCUCUUUUGGGUACAGCCCUCUUUGCGGAGCUCUCUGCGAAAGGUCAUGAGGUGACAAUGAUCAGCACGUUUGAGCAGCCGAUGGUUCAGAAAAAGUUUCGGCACGUGCUUGUAGAUGGCACGCAAAUACGCCAAAAAUACUCACCAUCCUUAAUGUCCCUGAACGUGAGUAUGUGGGAGCACAUCGUGUUCAGCAAUUCGGAAAUGAAAUAUAUGAUCGCCGAGUUGCUGGAGGAUAGCAGCCUGCGGGAGUUCCUCGAUGCUGGAGAGAAAUACGACGUUGUCGUGUCCGAGUUGUUCGCCGAAGCGCUGCUUGGAAUAAGUCAUCGUGUGAACGCGACGACCGUCUCUUUCAACCCCACCGGUGGUUCCUACGAGCUCGAUUAUUUAUCGGGAAACUCGCAUCCGUACUCUUAUGUGCCCAAUGCGUUUACUGCCUACUCGGAUGAGAUGACCUUCUGGCAGCGUUUUGCCAAUACCUACGUUAACCUAUUCUGUGCGUUUUCUAAGCAUUUCUUUAACCUACCGAUGCAGAGAAGUCUAUUGAAAUACUACUUCCCGGAUGCACCGCCAUUGGAGGAUCUUAUGAACAGCGUGGAAUUGCAUCUGGUUAAUUCCUAUUAUUUGUUUGAAACGCCACGACCAUAUCUUCCGAAUGUGGUGCAAAUCGGUGGAUUCCACUUGCAAAAGCCCGAAUUACUCACGGUGGAGCUGCUCAAGCAGUUGGACGAGCUCAAGAACGGCAUAAUCCUCUUUACCGUCGGCUCCCAUCGGAAGUUGAGCGACUUCCCGGUGCAGAUCGUCGAAACGUUGUUCGCCAGCUUCUCAAAAUCCUCGCACAAUGUGCUCGUUCAGUACGAGGGCCCACCACCGAGCAAUCUGCCUGCCAACGUACGUUUGAUGCCAUGGCUGCCGCAGCGCGCUGUCUUAUCGCAUCCGAACACGAAGCUCUUCAUAACGCCCGGCGGGCGGUCCAGCGUCGUCGAGGCGAUCUACUUUGCCGUGCCGAUGGUCGGGCUGCAUGCGCCUGGCGAUGACGAUUCUCAGCUCAGCAUGAUGGCUAAUCGCGGCUUCGGAGUUUGCUUCCGGCUGGACGAGGAGUUGCGCGAAGAACAACUCAGCGGGGCAAUACGCAAUGUGGUUGCGGAUCCGGUGUACAAGCGAGCGAUUAUGCUCGAAUCGGAGCUGUUCAAGAGGCAGGAGAUGAGUCCGCUGGAUAAGGCUGUCUACUGGGUCGAGCACGUCGCCAAGCACAAGGGCGCUAAGCGCGUCAAGUCUCAACCUGCCGCCGCCAUGCCGCUCUACAAGUACGUCCUGCUCGAUGUCGUCGUCGCAUCGGCGGCGUUGCUUGUUAUGUUUGCUUUUAUCUCGCUCUGGUUGUGCAAACAGACGUAUCGAGUACUGAUAAGGAGGCGACAAACUGAACCUGUGAAACACAAAAUUGUUUAAUAAAAUAGUAAAAAUAA